CCUGUGCUUUUCUUAUUUGAUUCGUACUUUAUCAUUCAACAUCUUACUGUUUAUAGUGUGUCAUUUAACGUGAUAAAGUCGUAUUUUGGGUUAUCGCUAUCAGUGAAUAUAUUAUUUAAAAUAUUUUUAUCGUGGUAUCUGAGCUCGAAUUAUUCGUUACUUGAAAAUGGAAUCUGUUAUUUUGAGAUAUGCUCCUUCAUAUUGGAAUAAAAAAUACACCAACAUUUCUAAUGUAAUUCCGAUUAAUAGCGGACCCGAAUAUCAGAAAAUUGCUUCUGAUGUUUACCAAGCUACACAUUUUAGGGCAUUUGAAAGUAUUUUCAGAAUUCAGAAUAUUUAUGAACUUGGACAAAUGUUAGUCAGAGAACAAUUGAUGAUUACUUUAGCCGAUUCCAACAAGUUUUACAGGGUGAGAAGAUUCACAAAAGUAAAAAAGCACUUUUUACAAAUAGCUUUGGCGUUUAACUUGGAUCACAGACGAUGCGGAUUACCAAUUUUGGAAUUCAAAAAACACCUACGCGGUAUCCGUCCCGAUGAUGUAAUACUGGCUGUUAUAGUUGUAACCAGCACUCCUGAAGCAGAUGUUAUUAUACCCGAGAGUAGCUUGGAAUAUUUUAUCGACUAUAUUAUCAAUGUUUCUUGGAAAAAAUAUUAAUUUAGUUCCA